AUGGAGAUAAUCAUACCUCCACGAAGAGCUAUCAGAGGUCAUCCUGCUAGACGCAAUGUUGAGGAACAAAAGUUACCCAAUGCACCUGAAGUGCAACCACAAGGAGAAGUGACAAAUGUUGAGUUCCGUGAGGCUGUAAGAAUGCUCAGUCAAGUUGUGGCCAAUAAAGUUGGGCAGCAAGGAGGAGCUCGACAGGGAGAGGCUGACACUUCAUGGAUUUGUGAGUUCUUGAGGAUGAAUCCCCCAAGUUUCACUGGUUCAAGAACUACUGAGGAUCCACAGAACUUCACUGAGGAACUGAAAAAGGUAUUCGAUGUGAUGCAUGUUGUUGAUACUGAGAGAAUUGAGUUAGCUGCAUAUCAGAUGAAGAAUGAUGCUAGGACUUGGUUUGAUCAGUGGAAAUGGGGUAGAGAUGAAGAUGCACCACCUGAGAGUUGGGCAUGUUUUGAAGAGGCUUUCUUGGGGUGUUUCUUACCCCGCGAACUGAAAGAGGCUAAGAAACAAAAGGAACAUGUUCCAUCAUAUGCUAGUGCACCUACACCUAAGAACAAGGGUGAGUACUAUGGUCAGAAUUCUAGGGCUAAGCCUGCCUAUUCUCAGGGGAGUGUGGUGCAAGGGGUUAGUAAGCCUUCUGUCUGUGCCAAGUGUGGUAGGAACCAUUCAGGUGUGUGUCGUGAGGGCUCCACUGGUUGUUUCAUGUGUGGCCAGACUGGGCAUUUCAUGCGAGAGUGUCCAAAGAGCAAGCAGGGAAAAGUCAGGUUAAGUUCAGUUGAGUUGAGCCAGACACAGUUCAGUUAA